CAUUCCAUCACCGUCUUUGGCUGAAAGAACCAGUAAAAUCUGUAUCCCCUGUCAUCCGGGUCCAUGCUAAACAAACAAGAAUUACACACAUUUUGAGUUGUAUUUGUGAGACAGUGUGCUGUAUUGAUAAAGAUCAACCGUCGUAAAAAAAAACCCAGUGCACCGGUAUCUCCACCACCACCACCGCACUGCCAUCCUCCAGUGACGCUUAUAGCAAGAGUCAUCAGAAAAGCACACUUGGCACAUUUUGUCAGAAACCACGUGCAGCGAGUUGUUAGCAAGCGGUUCGUUAAUUCUCCCAAGGAAGUGUAAAGUAAAGCGGUGAAAAUGUUGAGCGAUGCGAAGCGCAAAGAAUUGGCUACAAAGCUAUACGACAUAAACGCGUUCAAGUUUGGUGAUUUUAAGAUGAAGGUGGGCAUAAACUCGCCGGUUUACUUCGAUCUGCGUGUGAUUGUAAGCCACCCGGAUGUGAUGGACACUCUGGCCGAUAUGCUGCAGGAGUUCAUCGUCGAUAACAAGCUGAACACGUCUGGAACCCAUCUGUGCGGUGUGCCCUACACAGCACUGCCCGUAGCAACGCUGAUUUCAAUUAAGGCCAAUAAACCGAUGCUGAUACGGCGCAAGGAGCAGAAGAAGUACGGUACGAAGAAGCUGGUCGAGGGCAAGUUCGAUGCCGGGGACAAGUGUCUCAUCAUUGAGGAUGUGGUCACGUCGGGUUCGAGCAUCUUGGAGACGGUGGACGAUCUCCGGUCAGAGGGAUUGGUCGUGACGGACGCGAUCGUUGUGGUCGAUCGCGAGCAGGGCGGAGCGCAGAACACGGAAGAGCGUGGCGUUCGAAUGCACUCGCUGUUCACACUGUCCUACCUGAUGCAGGUCAUGCUGGAGACGAAACGCGUCGAGGAGAGCACGGUAAAGGCGGUGGCCAAGUACAUCGAGGCGUGCCAGAUCCGCAGCGACGGAUCGUUCGUGAAGAACGGAACGACGGUGGUGAACGAGCUAAGCCGCACCCGGAUGAGCUUCGAAGCCCGGGCCGAUCUGGCCAAGUGUCCGCUGGCGAAGGACCUGCUGAAGCUGAUGGCCGCGAAGAAGACCACGCUCUGUCUGGCCGCCGAUAUGACCAACAGCGAAGACAUUCUGAACCUGGCCGACGCGGUCGGCCCCUAUAUUUGUCUGUUGAAAACGCAUUGCGACAUUGUCAGCGACUUUAGCGAGCAGUUUGUGCGUUCGCUGCAGUCCCUCGCCCGGCAGCACAACUUUCUGCUGAUGGAGGACCGCAAGUUUGCGGACAUCGGCAACACGGUCGCACAGCAGUACGUCGGUGGCCUGCACCGAAUCGCUGACUGGGCCGAUCUGGUGACGGUACACGCCCUGCCCGGCCAGGGCAUACUGAAGGGGCUGAAAUCGGCGAUCAACGCGGAACGGCCGCUGGCGUCGCGCGGUGUCUUUUUGCUGGCCGAAAUGAGCACGGAGGGUGCACUGACCGAUGAGAAGUAUUCGUCGGCAACGAUGAAGAUAGCGACGGAAAUGGACACUGACUUUGUGGCAGGCAUCGUCUGCCAGAGCAAGGAUUUGGUUGCACCACCCGGCUUGCUGCAGCUAACGCCCGGCGUCAAGUUGGAGGAAGGCGUCGACGGACUCGGCCAGCUAUACGACAGCCCGGAGAGGGUCGUUAAAGAGCGUGGCGCUGACAUCUGUGUUGUGGGGCGUGGGAUUCUCUCCUCCAAAACGCCGUCGGAAACUGCCCGCAUCUACCGCGACCGACUGUGGGAAGCCUAUCAGGAGCGGAUUGGCGCAGAAGAAAAGAAUGGUGCUGGGAAUUGAGCCGUUCCCUGACCGGUGGUUGAGGCCACAUUAUUCGUCCUAUUUUCAAACCUAUCUCCACCAAGCAUCUGAACAGAGCCGGGCAGAUACCUCCGCUCCUCACAACCUACCAUCAGACGAUCCAACGAAAAAAGAUUUAUCAUUUGAAACCGAUUGUGAUACUAUCAGACUAUUCCUUUAUUGAAAAAAAAACAAAAAUACACCAUACUGUUACUGUACAAAAUCCAAAA